AGCCGCUCGUUAGCCAACAGUAUCGACAGACAACGGGAAGAGACGCUUCUGUUGCUCUUACUUCUACUCAUAAACGCAGUUAUUUCGCCACAAAGGGACACCAGCUAUUUGAUAUAAGAAGUACGAACUACCGAGGAAGUAGAGAUACUACCAAAGCGUCGGGUGGCGUCCGUCUUGCGGUGAAAAUAAACCGGAUAAGAUCGCUAGCAUUGUUGGCAACUCCGUGCGUACGUACUUGAGCUCGCUAGCCAGCUAGCGUUACCUUGACGCUAGCUCGAAGAAGAAAGGCCGUCGAGCUGACCUAACGUCACUUGCCAGUAAAUAGUUGAUCAUCCUGGCAUAUCACAGUUGCCCGUCAUUAUUUGGACCUAAAACAUUCAAGUCUAAGGGAACAUCGAGAGAGGAUGGCGCUGAAAAGGAUCCACAAGGAGCUUAACGACCUGGCUCGUGACCCUCCAGCACAGUGCUCAGCAGGCCCGGUGGGCGAUGACAUGUUUCACUGGCAAGCAACAAUCAUGGGACCUAGUGAUAGUCCAUACCAGGGAGGAGUUUUCUUCUUGACAAUUCAUUUUCCAACAGACUACCCCUUCAAACCACCCAAGGUUGCAUUUACAACAAGAAUUUACCACCCAAAUAUUAACAGUAAUGGCAGUAUCUGUCUGGAUAUUCUCAGAUCGCAGUGGUCUCCAGCGCUUACUAUUUCUAAAGUUCUUCUGUCCAUCUGCUCACUCCUAUGUGACCCAAACCCAGAUGACCCGCUAGUGCCAGAGAUCGCACGAAUCUAUAAAACAGAUACCCAGAAAUACAGCAAAACGGCAAAAGAAUGGACACAAAAAUACGCAAUGUGAUGGCAUCCUCUGGAAAGCCGGUGGAAAACGUUGUCGCUGGAUCCAACUUAAAGUUCCGGAUUUCUUUUUUUUUCUUUUCGUUUCUUUUUUUAUGUUAAUCAGUCCGUUUUAUUUCCUCCUCCCCCCCCGCCCCUUUCCUCCUCCUCAUCCUCCUCCUUCUCCUCUUCCUCCUCCUCCUCCUCCCCCCACCCGUGCGCUCAUAAGAAGAUAGUGUUUUCUAGUUCGGACAUGUGCCAGUUCAGACAUUGCGCCAAGUUUUAUAUGGAGUUUAAUCACCAUGGUUCUGAACUCUGUUUGAGCAUGCACCAGUUAAGAAGGCCGGGCUCGCCUGCGCCGACACACUUUGCUAUUCAACCCAGAAUCGAUGAUGUUGCUCAUUAUUCUGCACACACACCGUAAACGCCGGUCCAACCGACCCGAGUCCGGCCCGCGCGUCAGCCUUGUCGUGAUCCGGCGAGGUAACCGGCUGGAUCCUGCGGGACUGACGAUACGUUUGGGCUGGGUUUCUCAGAGCGUUUUGUGGAGGUCAUUUCUAUUGCAAGUCCUUUAAUUUCUGCACCAAAUUAUCAACAUUUCAUAUUAGCAGAAUUGUCCUGUCUAAAUCAAGACAGCACUUAAUGGGAAUAAGUAGCAGCACUUAAAAGGGGGCCCUAAACGAAGCUGUGGGAACCCGGGUCUCGGCUCUUGUUUUUGCUCCCUGGACUGGUGUGAUGUCGGUAUGCUCUUCUGAUCGUUACUAUUAGAAACAUAUUACCCGAGGAAAAAAAAGUUGUAUUUUAUUCCACAAUCAAGUGUGUGUAGAAAGAAGCACAGCAGUAUAUAUCAAUGUUAAGGCAACAAAAGUAUAACUUCCAUGUUGUAUUUUAUGCAUGUUAAUAAAGGUAGGCUAUUGUAUCUGAUAUGUUUCUGCAAACUGAGUGGAUUGUAAGGCUAGGCAGUUGGAAAAUUUGGUUCCCCCUCAAAGGCUUUCUGUCAUCUCUUUUCAUUAUUUAGACGUUAGUAGAAGAGCUAUUAGUUUUACGCCCACUCAAACACUGUCUUCUUGUAGCCCUGAAGUAUCGAUGCAAAGCUGACGGUUGAUAAUCAACUCAUGGCUCUGUCUCUUUUAGUUUUCCCUUCAAUAAAGUUACUUAAAUCAUUAAAACAA